AUUGACCUUGCUACAUUGUAACUGCUGUGUAUAUAUCUGAGUGUAGAAUUUAGUCGCCAGGAAGCCAGUCACCAUGCGGGUUCUCCUCGUCCUAUUCAUCGUAUUCUGUGCUUUGCACAUUGCCACCGCUUUAUUGGACAAGAAGAAGAUGACCGCCAUCCUCACCAAAUGUAAACAGCAGACACACGCUACUGAAGAUGUUGGCGAAGUCGUAAACAAAGAAAAGUUACCAACUUCACCAGAAGGAAAAUGUAUGAUGCACUGUGCACUUGAAGCGUCAGGGAUGAUGACUGGUAACAGAGUGAACAUCAUUGCGAUAUCAGAGUUCUUGGUGGAACGCUAUGCAGGCAACAACACCUUGCUGGAACAGGCUGCGAAGGCAGUGGCGAUAUGCAGUUCACAGUUGGCUGGUAAGAACAGCAAUGACAACUGUGAAAAAGCAAGUAGUAUAUUCCGGUGCGGUAAAGAGAAUAACAUCAUUUUGGUCUGAAAACAAUACUCUGAUAAGAUCAUAUUUUAACAUAAAAAUUGUAUUAAAAACCCUAUUGUGUA